AACUACACCGUGUAUGAACUGUGAAGCACAAAAAGACACCUUUACUACAUACCAACAGUUGGGUGUGGACAACAUGCACCAAAUCUAGCUAUUUACAACAAGGGGAAGAAAAAAAAGGCAAAACCUUCUCUUGGUAGUAUAUGAAAAUAAUGGAAGAAGAAAGAGGAGCUCCAAAUUACGAGCUGCAAGUAUCAUUUUCAGCCACUCCACAAGCGAUCCACGACAUGGGGUUUGUACAAUUUGAAGAUAACCAGGUCCUAAGCUUCUUAGCUCCCUCACAAUCUUCUCAGAUGUCUCAGCCACUCAGCGGCGGUGGUGCCACAACAAACACCACCACCACCGCCACCACUGGUGCCACAUCAAACACUAACCCCACCACCAUGGGGUUUAGUCAUAACGACCUUGUCACUAGACCUUCUUGGAAUAACGACCAGGUGGGAACGAUGGAUCCCAAGGCUGUCAAUGAUGAAAACGGUACCGGUAAUGCUAGCGAUGGCAACAAUUCAUGGUGGAGGAGCUCAACCUCAGAUAAAAGCAAGGUGAAGGUGAGAAGGAAGCUUAGAGAGCCAAGGUUCUGUUUCCAAACGAGGAGUGAUGUUGAUGUCCUUGAUGAUGGUUACAAAUGGAGGAAAUAUGGCCAGAAAGUUGUCAAGAAUAGCCUUCAUCCAAGAAGUUAUUACCGAUGUACCCAUAAUAACUGUCGGGUGAAGAAGAGGGUUGAACGAUUAUCAGAGGAUUGUCGAAUGGUGAUAACAACAUAUGAAGGUAGACAUAACCACUCUCCAUGUGAUGACUCGAACUCAUCUGAGCAUGAAUGCUUUGCCUCUUUCUAAAUGGCUCAAUCUCAGAGAACCAUAAUGUUGAUGUAAUGAAUAUAAUGUAUUAGCUUGUGAUGAUAUUUUGCCAAUAUGAUUUUGGGGAUUCACUAAUAUAUUUAAUUAUGGUUUAAAGCUCUAUUAU